AUGACCAGAUUAGCAAAGUGGGUCAGAAAAAAUCUCAAGGGUAACGUAAAGGAAACAUUGGAUGAAACCAUCGACCAUCUGAUUGCGCUAAAGCCUCCUUUAAAAUCAAAGUGCAAUAAGGCAGAGGCGUUGAAGGCUUCAUUACGGGGUCAAAUGAAACAAUAUGAAGCGAUGCGUAAGGAAUACCAAGAACUAGACAAGUGGCUUAAUGACGACACUCCUCCUGAGGAGGAGGGGGAAGAACUCCUUCAAAAAGUCAACCAAUAUCUUAAGAAAGCAAGAGCUUUACGGUACAAAAAGCCUCUCAAAAAAACACAGAUAAAAAAAUCGAUUAAAACGAAAAAAGAACAGGUUGCUUCUACAAAGGACAAAAAGGCGGAAGAAAAACCUAACCAAAGUAAGCUGAACGUUAGAAAAGGAGACGAGUGUGCAUAUAAUACAAUGCGGGAUGCUAAAAAGAAACUGAGUUGUGAAAUUAUGAAACAGUCGGAGAAAAGGAAACGUGAAGAUAGUGAUGUGAAACCUCAGAAAGGAAAGAAGCAUUUGUCAGAUAAAGAACUAGGAGAGUUAAUGGAUUUCACUCAAGAAAUGAUAGGCAAAUUCGCGUCAGAUAAUGAUGAGCAUAAUCUGGAGAUCCAUUACAGCUCGAAAGGAUGA